CACUGUUCUGUAACAUAAAACCAGUCCAACCUUAUGCAAAAAUAAAGCUUCAUACUCUUUUCCUGCUUCCCUGGAAUCUUUCUCAUCCUUCGAUCCCGCCGUGGUACCCCGCUUCACUCGCCGUGCCCCACUCUACGUCCCUUGCAGCUCAAAACUCGUCAUCGUAGAUCAAAAAAACACAGGCACUUGACACAAAGACAAAUUCAUCAUGACUUCCGCCAAGGAACCCAGAAUCGGCGUUGGCGUCUUUGUCAUGAACCCCGAGGGCAAAUUUAUCCUUGGAAAGCGAAAGGGCAGUCAUGGCGCCAAUACCUGGGCAUUGCCAGGUGGACAUCUCGAGUUCGGCGAGUCCUUCGAGUCCUGCGCAGAACGCGAAAUCCUAGAAGAAACAGGCAUCCAAAUUCGGGAUAUCCGGUUUCUGACUGCCACGAACAGCGUCUUUGAAGCCGAAGGCAAACACUACGUUACUAUCUUCAUGGGUGCCGUUGUCAGCAAUGAUUCCGAUCAGCCGCAGAUCAUGGAGCCCGAGAAGUGCACGGCAUGGGAGUGGGCUUCGUGGGAUGAACUCAGAGCCGAGGGCGAAUCCCAGCUGAAAUCUGGGCCAAACCCUACUGGGAAAGAGUUAUUCCUGCCUCUGCUGAGCCUGAUUGAGCAGAGACCGGAUUUCCGUGUAUAAUGGAGCUCUUGUCAGGGUAUCAUAAGGCACGGUCUACGCAUCGCGAUAGAAAAUAGGGAAACGGAGAGUCAGAACUUCAUAGACCAGUGAUACUCGAAGAUACUCAUUCAAGAUGGUAACACGUAUCAAAAAUGCUCGACUUGCUCAUUGAUACCCGCAACGGGGUCACCGUUAUGGCAAGGAAAUUUACCAGGCAUUUUUGCACAAGCUUUGAAAUAUAUAUAGGAGAGUCCCUGUUACGAAUCACCCGCUUAGUAUUGUGAGCUUUACUACCUAUUGGAUCGACAGUCUGUGGCUAGACUGCGGAUAACAGGGCUGUUACGGUGAAUUAAAUGCUGGUCUCAGAACC